AUGUUUAAGCUUGGGGUUUUCCCCCUGCUGUCACGCGUUCCGACGGCCUUUACUGUAGCAACUGGAACCUAUUUACCCACCCGUCACGAAGAGACUGGACCUUACCGUGGUGUGGCGGUUUGUGUACCUCGGCGACCCAUUGAGCUAUACUGUGGAGUGUCCGCACGAUGUUCACAGAGUCCCGCAUACCAGGUUGAUCCAUGGGUAGAGGACCGACGAACACAGUCUCCUGGCCCUCCAGGUUGGGGAUUGGAACAUGUAUGGCGACCUGUUCCAAUAGCCGCAUCUAUCGCGUUUGGCGUCAUGGAAUCUGAAGGCAAGAUAACAGAACAGGAUAGUAUAAGUUCACCGCAAGACGCGCCAGGACCUCAGUCAGUGUCCAGCGCAGCUGAGAGCACUUCGGCGCAGAACACAAGCGACCGCAAGGACGAAGAUGAAGAGGAGGAAGAGGAAGAGGAGGAGGACAAGAUUGUGGAAAAAUCACAUAACAGCCGCUUUCAUAAACGAAACAAGCGUUUCCCCAUCCAGAUUCAGGGCGUCGAUAGUGCGUUUGUUGCGAUCGAGCCCAAGUCUGGCAAAGAAGUGAUAUGGAAUGAAUGCAUUCUAUCGGAGAAAAAGAGUGAGAAAGAGGUUCGUUUCUUUGCCAAUUUAUUUUUAUUGGUGGUUCUACUCCUGCAGAAUAGGUACCUGUCCAUAAUGAAGCGAUUGAAGCGGAAUUCCCACCCAUUUCUGGCCCGUUACCUGGAUGCCUGGGUGGCGAAAUCCGAUGAUGGGUCGCGAAAGCUUGUUUUCAUUACAGAGCGACUAGACGAGUGCACAUUAAAACAAUUUUUAUGCAACUCUCCAAAGAACAAUCGGUCGUGGAAACGGCAUGUCGGUCAACUUCUCUCUGUGCUCAUGUUCCUUCACCGUCUCGGCGUUCCGCACGGCAAUUUGACCAAAGAAACCAUUUACUAUCAGAAUUCUGGAAAUCUUCGCGUUGGACCAUUUUCACUUGGAGGUCCAUUGGAUCAAAAAUCCCAGUCGGCUGAUGUGUAUGCGCUUGGUGUCGUCGCCCUGGAGAUCGCCGUUUGGACACCCACGGAAUUCCCGCAGACUUUGCUUCCGGCAGAAUUGUGCCAACAAAUGCAGGCUCGUUUGGAAAACAGCGAUCAACGGAGCUUCAUUGAAAGCUGCCUGGAUCCAAACCCAGCUAUGGGAAAUCGUGUUAAGCGUCUUAUUCACCAUCCGGCUGUCACCGAAGUUCCCAUUUUGAAGCUAUUGUCGGCCAAAGUGAUCGUGGGAGCUUUACGGUCGGUCACCAACGAAGAAGGAUCUGCCACUGAGCAAACUGGUUUCGCUUCUUUGCUCAAAGAGUAUGUCAGUCAUUACGAAGACGAGACCGUGAUUGUGGAGGUGCACUUUCCUCACGACAAUAUUGUCAAGUCUCGUUCAUGGAAAGAUUUCCGUUCGAAUUUCACUCUGACUUCCAAAUAUCUGGAAGAUGUGAAGAAUGGAUUUUAUCCUCUGUUUGGGUGUCGUUGGAAUUGGGCUUCCUAUCAGGAUGAGGAUGACGACUCAUUAGUCGCUUGUAGUGCCACUGCGACCAAUGGAACUGGAGGGUCAGGUAGUUGGCUUGGACGCGUUGAAAGUGGUGUUGUUCCCAGUCAAGCCUGUUCAUCUGGCACAUCCACCGUACCAAGUGCUUCGGUGUCCCGAAAACACUCGACGGCAACCAAAACCAGUGAAGCUCUUGGAGCUGCACCUAUCCUGAUGGAAGACGAAGAUAUAACCGGUGAAAUGCAAGCCACCCAAAUGAUAUCAGCCACUGGACGUUCCUCAAGCCUUUGUGAUUACUCUCCUGGGCGCCCACCGUUAGGCCUUAUUCGAACCCGGCAGAGUGACCUGGGCGCUCAUCCCCCAGUUCCACCAAUCACACGCUCUGUGUCCAAUGAUGAAGGUUCGGUGUCUCGUGCCGGACCAUCAUUUUUUAUUGGAGGCACACUCCUGGAUACUAAUGCAAUUGUUCCAGACAGUUGGGUGAGCACGGCUGUGACAGGGGAACACCCAUUUGGUAGCCAUUCUCCCUCACCGAGUGGUCAGGAUUCCGCAGCAUCAGUUCCAGUUUCAACCGGAAGCCAACCCGAGCCUACAGUGGGGGAUAGUACGAAACGUCGACCUCAUUCUUCCGCUCCUCCACUCCAGUCUUCGACUAACUUGCCAGGUACUGGCAACUUGGCCCCGGAAGGCGGUGGAUCGACGUCACCUGACUUUGUUCCUCAUGGUUCCUCGUCGGAGCAGAAGACAAGUUCUACGGGUCCAUUAGCGCACACAAUCAGACGGAAAUCUGGCGACGAUAAGUCGCCUUUGAACAUGGAUUCCGAACUGAAACCGACCAGCCAUCCAGAUAGCACUUCAGAUCACGUUCAACCCACCAGCGACAAAGCUGCACAGAUAACCGAUACCGUGGAUGCUGCCAAGGAUGAAGAGGCAAUCAAUGAGGAAGAGGAAAAGGAGGAUGAGGACGAUGAGGAUGAAAAUGACGAUGAGGAUGAGGACGAUGAAGAUGACGAAAAGAAUCUGAGCGAGACAAUAGAUCGGUUCGAACCUCAGACUAUUCAUGUAGUGGCCCCGGACCGUGCCCCAAAUCAUCCAGCGUUGUUUACCCACUGCCAAUAUUUUUACAUUGGAGCGGGUCGUUGGCAAGUCUACGUGCAAAUGUGGUUUGUGGAGGAGCGACUGAAACGGGAGACAUACGUGCAAGUGUUUGACUAUGAGUGGCAUGACUACGAACGCGUUGCUGAUCUGUUCGAAGCAUCUCGCUGUUUGAAUCCGGUGGAUCGGCCCAGCCUCGUUCGACUUCUUGCUCUGGCCAGACAUAACUGUCCACUGAUAGAUGGCGAACUGCAAUUCCCUGGACCGUUGAAUGUUCGAUCCAGUCAUUUUGAUGCCUUUGAGCUGCACGAGAAGCUCACAGCCUUGCGGUUGCAUCAACAAGCCCGUGACCGAUUACUUCGGGAAUGUGGAGCGCAGGAGAGCCCCGUACUGCCCGAUAGCACACAAAUCCAAUCUUUGUGCGCCUCCGAUCCGGAUGCAAAACAACCUAGUCCCUUACCGCCAGAGCGAGACACCAAAGGAACUCUAGCAAACGCGGAGUGUCAAGAAUCGGACAGUCUGCCAACCGCGCCAGACGAAGUGCCUGCUUGCGCAGAUCACGUUUUCCAGCUGCAGGAGCAACAGCGAAGUCAACUUCAACCGGCAAAAGAAACGGAACUGACUAAAGAACCCGCACACGUUCUCCUUGGUGGCAGUCGAAAACGAUUGGAAGUCCCCAGUGCGAACAAUACGUUGUUUUUAGACGUUGGUUCCCUGGCGCCCCGGAAUGCAUACUGCGCCUUGUGCGACACACACGAUUAUCUGCAUCGAGUAGAUCUACCCGCCUACUUGAUCUCUCCAUGUUAUCAUUGUCGAGAGUGGUUGGCUAAAGAGGCCAAAAUUUCACCGGAAGUUCUCUUGGACUUACACCUUCAGCACAAUAUCCCAUGGCCAGCUCACCUUCAGGCACGAUUUAAUUUGCCUGCUGAUGGUCGCUCGAUGGAAGAACUGAUUGCGUAUGACUGCCGUUGGCGCAGUCGUCAACCAUGUCGUUGUUUUGUGCCAAUGGGAGGGCAUCUUUUGCCUCCAUGCGUCGAAUUUCCCUGGCUGUGCCCUCCAGCCUCUGCGGUGUCUUCUAACGGCAGCAGCGUAAGCGCGGUCAGUGGGAACCCAGUUGCUGCUGACCUGAUCAAACACUCUGCACCUCUGGCCGAUUUGCCGCCAACACCGGACACCACCGUGUCGACAUCGUCCACAGAGAACCGACCGAAGCUAAGUGACACGAGGAGUGAAUCCCCUGUCCAUGCGGCAGUCCAUCCGAAUGAAAGCACUCUUAGUAUGCCCGCAGUGCCGAUUACUCUGGGAGCUUCCCGUGGACAACAGCUCCCUUGUUCUGGCCGGCAUCCACGAGGCGCCCCGAUAACCUGCUGCCAUGGGAUACAGUUUCCCAGGCUCGAUGUUACGGGUGCCCCAGCGCCCAACCGGACGCCACCAACCACAAUACCAGAAUCAUGUCAAACAGCAACCAUCGUCACCGAGACGCCGGUAACGAAUCCCGGAGGUUCCACGCAUCCAGGUGCGUCGUCCCUAUUGCCCAACGGCUUUGUCUCUUAGACAUCAUUACAUAUAACCUCAGCGAGGGCAUUGCAUUUUGUUCAUCCAGCCGGUUUAGUAUGUAACCGUAACUUUUGCGGUGACAUUCAUGAUCGUGUGCACAUGAAUUGAUUUUGACUGAUCUGCCAGUCGCCGCCCAUCCGCAUCCAAACUAGCGAUCUCAAGAUGCAUACGUGCCAACAUCGACAAACAUCAACAAGUAAACAUAUAAAUAAUCAGCAGGCUUGUUUUUUUCUAUUGCUCCCAUCCGGCACCUUGUUAUGACUGUUCUCCCUCCCUCAAACUUUACCAGAACAUCUACACACAACCAAACCCUUCCAAAGCUGCGGAAGAAAAACAUCACGUGAUUGCGCUGUUUUCAUCUUCUUUCUCGUCAUGAUGGGCGAAGAUACAACAUAAAGGAAAAAAAGAAAAAAGCAGUAAAACGAGUCUUGACAUGGCGGUAUUGCGAUUGAAUACAAAACCAAGAAAUAAAUAUAUGUGUACAUGAAAGCAUGAAACUUGGCUGACACAGUAUAGCGGUGAAAAACGAUCGUACCCAGGUGGCACCGGUUUUCUCUAUGAAACUGUUAUGCUGAGGAACAGUCAACAGCUUAAGAGUUGUCCACCUCUGUGGAGGAUUUCCGCUUGGCCUUGAUCCGUUUGAAGAACAAUCCAAACGAGUGUCUGUGCUUGGCAGCCUCGGAUUCUUUUUCCUUUUUCGAUCGCGGUGCGUUGAGGCACAUGAACUCUGCCACAAAUAUAAACGAUUUUCGCCAUCAGACAAAUAGACCGUAGUAUAAACAAACCAAUUUGGAGAUAAUUAAGCUGGUCUCAGUACGCCUGUUUGUAUCAUUGAAGGGGUGGGGGUUGAAUUUCUUUCAACGGCUUUUGAAGGUUGGCUUUCGGAUGAAGAACUGUUACCUUAACGGACAAUCAUGAACAAAACGACAGCCUCAACAUGUAGGGCCUUUUAUAAACAAGAACGAAAAACAAGUAAUCAAACUCUCGGACAGGCUCCAUUGAUUGACGAAAUUCAAAUGAGUGACCGUUUGGCAAGCAAAAGGGGGUGCUUUCUUAAUUAGCGGGAUUUCAUCGUAUUGUGAGCUGUCAUGCCAAAUGAUCAACGUGCGUAGUUUUUAUCAACAGAAGUAACCUUUGUAUAAUCAACGCUUUUAUAAUGCACUUUAAAGCCGUAUAAUUAAGGGAUAUUGAGAAAAUGAACUGUAUUAAAUGGGUAGUUUGCCAGAUAGCUGAGUUCCUAAACUGCUGUUCUCACCGGACUGUUCCACGUGAUAAUGAAGAUAUUGUGCAUUGGGAAGAAUUUGUACAUACUGAGUCGAUGAACUCUGUCACAAAUAGAAACUCAAAAGCUUGUCUGCUUUGGUAGUAGAUACCAUUAAAUAUGAUACUAAGACAUUAAUUCCGACACAAAAACAUCCAGAAAUAGUAAUGUUACCCUCCCCCAGUGUAGGCACGGGAUCUGGAACAGGUGAAAAGGCUUCUUACCUGGAUUACUCGAGCAAUCUAGGGGAAACAAUUGGACAGGUGUACUAAUGUAUAACAUAUUGCCUAUAAGCAUUUAGCAAAGGACUACGACGAAAGGACUUGGGAGUAAAAAACUAGCGUACUAGAAAACGGACCACCAAUUACUAACUCACUUCGCAGUUUUCUUGGUU